CGCAAAAGGAACUGUAGUCGCCCAUUUCUUCCAUCUUCAUCUUCCAUCUUCAUCUCUUCUCUCUACGCUUCGGUCAUCUGUAUAUCUACGAAGACGCAAUUUGAAAUUUACUGUAGGAUUAGGAGUUUGAAUUUUCAAUCGGGGACAAAAUAGAUUCAAUUACGUGAAAAGCGGCGGGCGGUUUGAAUUUCAUGUUGAUGGCGUCGUCGAAGGUGAUCGCGUCCAGGUCACCGCCCAAUUCGGAUCUUCCGCGUGACUCCCCAACCUCCUCCAUAAAUAUCCACUUUGAUCAAGCAGCUAGGGGUUUCGGCUCCAUGAAUAUGGAUGAAAUCUUCCGCAACAUCUACCCCGAUUCCACCUCCUUCGACAGCGCCAGCGACGGAGGAGUGAUGAAUGGCAAGACGGUGGAGGAGGUGUGGAGGGACAUCGUCACCGGCGGAGGCGACGCUCCGAUGACGCUGGAGGCUUUCCUGACGAAGGCGGGGGCAGUGAACGAGGAGGACGUUGGGGUUCCGGCGAUGCCGCCGCCGGUGAUGAUGAAUCCUGCGCCGGGGAUUCCGGCGGCUCAGUUUGCGGCGGCGGGGUGCGUGCAGAGUGUGAUCGGUGUGGAGUUUGGGAGCGGGAGGGGGAAGAGGAGGGCGGCGGCGGAGGAAGUGCCUCUGGAUAAGGCGACUCAGCAAAAACAGAGACGGAUGAUUAAAAAUAGGGAGUCUGCCGCUAGGUCCAGAGAGCGGAAGCAGGCUUAUACCGUGGAGAUGGAGGCUCAGGUGACAAGCCUAGAGGAGGAACAUGAAAUGCUCUUGACACAAGAGGCUGAAAUGAACAGGAAGAGAUACCAGCAGGCUAAAGCAAAUGUAUUCUCUAGACCAUUUGCAUAUGAAGUAACACAUGUAUUUUGAGUGUCUUUAGUUUCAAAGGUAGUCAAGGUAAAUCUAAAUCAAAAGUAACACUAGCUUGUCAAGGUAAAACCAUGUGCAUAUGUUGUGAAUGUUUUGGUUGUUGCUGUUGAUGAUGGGAAAUUUGGGUUAAACCUGGUAACAGGGAAUGUAAUCAGCUGCCAUUGACUAUAACUUGCUCAUACUUUAUCUGGAAGGACAUUUGCUUGUGUUUGAUGAAAUCUUCAUCAAGUUCGAAUGGUCUGAGUCUCUGAGAUAAGAGUGGGAGAACUGACAUUCGUGAAUCUAUUUGUUCUAACAGACUGAUGUAGUUAGUUAAUUGAUCUAAUACAAAUGUGAUCUCAAGAUGUAUGCAUGUUAUGUGAUCAAAAUUAAAUUUUCAAGGGUAUCAAACUGUAUCUGGAAACUUGUAAGUAAGGUUGAUAUGUUGAUAGAGACAUGAUAUAUAAUUGAAAAUGUUUAGGUCUUUGAAACAUCAUUAUGAUUAAUAUUACAAAGGGUGCCUUAACUACAGAAGCUUGACAAGCACACCAGGUCUGUUGAACAUAAAAUUUAGAACUAUACUUUUGGGCUUAUGGUAAUUUUAUCAUUUUGUUUUUAAUCUUCAUGUGAAAGGGAAUGAUUCGGUUUUCCUUAGUGGAGUAAGCUUGGAAGGGCUUUGUAACUGUUUAAGAUGCAGAGAUGUCUUAGUUUAAUUAUAUACGGAUCUGAUUUUAUGUUUCCUGAAAUUCUAUAGUGCAAGGUACCUAGCCUUCUCCAUGACAAAUCUGUCUCAUGUAAAUACUAAAUACCUACUACCUAGCAUGAAUAUGAUCAAUUGAUCCUACUUAGUUUUAUGGAAACUUUCAACCAUACUAUCAUCUAAUACCGCAAACAAUAUCAUAAAUAAUGCUGAUUUCCUUCUUCUUGUUUACUGCAUGAAUUCCAUUAGUGCCUUGAGAAAUUUUCAGGAUAAUGGACUGUCAUGCUUUAACACAUCCUUCUAAUUCCUCUGCAAUGUUGGUUCGCUUUGUGAUAAACUAGAACUUAUACUUCGCUUGUAAUAUAUGUUCGUAAACUGUACAACUCACCGAGCUAGAUUUGAAUACCCAGCAUCCUUGAGAAGUUGAACCAUAAUUCUUACAAUAAAGGCAAGAUAAGUAGUCUAAAGGUGUCUGUUACUUCGGUGGAUAUGGUGUUGUAACAAGUUAAUAUGAUGAUUGCUAAGCUCCUCAGUCAUUAUGUAACGCAAAUACACAUCUCCACUAACUGAAAAAAUGUCCUCAGUGAUAUUUUUCCGGAGUGAUUGUCAACAACAUAUCUCUAAAUCUGUUGACUUCCUGUUCAUGCAUAUUUGAAUCUAUGUCCUUGAACAGUUUGAGUGUGUUAGUCUGAAUCACCGAGCAUCCAUAAUGGUGUAAUGCAGCUCAUGGAGAACUUAAUUCCGGUGGUAGAGAAGCGAAGACCUCCAAGAGUUCUGAGGAGCACACGCUCCAUAUAAUGGUGGGUGUGUGGUUGCGAUGACAAAGUUUAUAGGGCAGUAGGUCUUGGCCUGCCAUGGCGGAGCUCCAGCAAAGUCGCGAGAGGUCGUUCUGGCAUGAGCUAGAGGAUAGUUAGCUACAGAUGUGGUAGCUACAGACAUGUAAAUCAAAAGCAGCACACUUCAAAAUUUUAAAACAGAACAGUUUCUCUAAUUACUGGAUUCAUAUUAAUUAAAUUUGCCAGUAGUGUAAAUCUAUGUUUCGUUGUGGGUUUUUCUUUCAGUA